AUGCAACCCCUGCCAGUAUCAUUGGCAGUGGUGACGAGGGUCCGAGCCCAGCAGCAGGAUGGCGGCGACGUGACCCCGGAGCCGGGCGCCGAGAACGCCACGGCGUCCACGACGCCCAAACUGACCGGCGACCCCCAGAAGGACUACCUGUUUGACCCGAACCUGCCGCGGGAACUCAACGGCUACGAUCUCUCCGACUAUCCCUUCUACGGCCGAGUGCCCAAGAACAUGAGCUUCAAGUGCGACGGGCGCCACGACGGCUUCUACGCCAGCAAGGUCCACAAAUGCCAGGCAAGAGUCGCACCAUAUUCAUUUAUGAGAGAGGAGGAAGACCCGAAUAACGAAGUGCCGACAAACAUGAUCGUCUUGUACCGUGGCUACUUGUAUUCCGUGCAAGUCGCCGACUUGGACGCCGGGGAAAUCAUGACUCCGCACGACAUGGAAGCCGCCAUGAACUGGAUCAUUGCCGACGCCCGUGGACGCCUGCCGACGAUCGGGCCGAGCGUGGCGGCGCUGACGUGCGACGAACGUGACGCCUGGGCGGAGAACCGCGAGCGUCUCAAGGCCCUGAGUCCCGCCAAUGCCGCCAUUUUGCACGAGAUCGAAUCGAGUCUGUUUGGCUGGAGUUUGCAGGAAGACAAGCCGGAAACGGAGUCGGACGUGCUCAAGAAGCUCAUUUGCGACGGGAUUCGGGAUCGUUGGGCCGACAAGUCGUUCACCUGUAUGCUGUUCAAGAACGGCUGCACUGGGAAUUCCUCUGACCACACCCCGAUUGACGCAAUGGUCAACUCGACGAUUGCAUUGUAUGUGACAUUGUCAUUUCGCGCUUUGGGCGGCGAGUGGCCCGCUGAGCGAGUGAGCCGCACCAUUUGGCCCGACCCGAGGCGUUUGGACUUCGUUAUUGACGAAAAGCUGGAGACUGACAUCGCGAGGAUUUUGCGGGGCAGCCAAGCUUUGAGCUCAACGAUUAAUUGCAAGUUAUCUCACUUCCGAGAAUUCGGGAAGGGUGUUUUGAAGGUGUACGGAACUCAUCCGGAUGCAUUUGUUCAAGCUGCCAUUCAGCUCACGUAUCAUCGAAUGCAUGGAAAACCGGGCAGCGCUUAUGAAACUGCAACUACUCGUCAGUUCUACCAUGGACGUACUGAGACUUGCCGAACUUGCACUUUGGAAACUGUUGAUUUUGCGAAAGCCAUGGACGACGUAGAUACCGAAGUUUGUAUUUGCUGA